GGGGCUGGGGUGCGGAGCAGGUAGGGCGCGGGACACGGAACUCUGGGCCGUGGAAGGACAGCGCGCAGGGGCUCAGGCCCGCGGACGAUCGCUCUUGGGACCCCCGGGAGUCCCCAGCCUUGGCGUGAGCGGGUAGCUGAAAGGUCAGCAACAUCUCCCGGUUGUCUGCAGACGCUGGUGCACAGAGGUGUUCAGGGUGCAAGCCGAGGAGCACCCCGAAGCUGGCUGCAUUUGGGGCGACAUCUCUGGCGUGCGAAAGCUGGUGAUUUCCUUGUCCGCUCCCGCGAAGUCACCGGGAGCGACCUGGACUCCUGGAAAAAAAGCCUGCGAGAGGAACAGAGAUGCCAUUGAGAGCUCUCACUGCCGGCAUGAGGCAAGAUCGGCUCUGGGAUUGUUCACUGUUCUUCUCCAAGGAGGAGUGACUGGCCAGCGGCACCUGGAACCCAGCACCCAAGAGGUGAACCCAGCUGGACCUGAGGAGGAACUUGUGUCCUGUGUCCUUGGGAAGCAGCUCACUGGGUCGAGAUGACCACAGCCACCACUUUGGGGGACGCUGUCUACUCGCUGAACAUGACCAGGGGAGAGGACGCCCUAUAUAAGAGUUCUGGAGCCAUCGUGGCUGCCAUCGUGGUGGUUGUCAUCAUCAUUGUGACCUUGGUACUGAUCCUGCUGAAGAUGUACAACAGGAGAAUGAGGACCAGGCGGGAGCUGGAGCCCAAGAGCCCAAAGCCACCUGUCCCUCCUGCCCUGGAGCCAAACAGCAAUGGCAGCCAGCAGCCUGCUACCGUGACCUUCGACCCUGCCGAUGUCCAUGUGGAGACUCGGUGACCCUGCCUUUGGUGCCAUCCCUGCCUCUGCAAAGAGCUUUUAUGACCUGAAAGUCCACUCUGCUGGCAGCUUCACCGAGUUCUUUCUGGUUGGGUAAACCGAGGCACCUUUUGUACAGCCCCUGCAGCUUGAAGCCAUCCUCACCUGUGCACUGGCCACCCCAGCUAUGUCUGUGUCCCUGCUGCUACUCAACCAAAGCUCUGUGGACAUUCUUUUAUCUGACAAGAAGCACUGUGCUGGGGAGACAAGUGCGAGUUUGGUUCUCACCUCACACGUGCUACAGCUAGACAGACAGACAAACAGACAGACAGACAGACAGACAGACAGACAUCUGAGUCUUGUGCUCAGGGGUCAGGGAGUGUUCAUGAAAGUGUCACCAAGGGAGCCACUGGGAACAUCUCAGCUUAAGGGCAUGUCCACAGCUUUCUCAAUCCCAUAGCAAGGUGCAGGGAAACUAACCUGGACUAACCACAAAACCAACUUGGCAACAUCUAACUGACCCUGUACUAGAUAGCCACUCGGCAGGUCAUCAUGGCCAGUCAGCGUUCUCCCCCUUUAACAAAGGGUACAAGAGGCUGGACUUGGUGGCGUGUGCCUGUCAUUGCAGCACACAGUAGAAGCAGGAACACUGUGAUUACAAGACCAGCUUUGGCCACAUACAGAGAUGGUUCUUUAAAACAAUACAGAAUAAACAGUAUUCUUCAAAACAUCUACUUCAUUAGUAGUCAGAAGGAAGAGGUACCCUGAGGAGCAGAGGCUACCUCUAGGAUGAGGAGCAGAGGCUAGCUCUAGGAUAAGAAUUGUUGUAUUGCCCACGGACCUGGGCUGCUCUGGACUCUUUCUGCUGCCCCAGGUGGUCUACCCUGACCCCUCAUUUUCUGUCUCCCUUCAUUUGGAUGCUAAGCUUUCCUGGCAGUCCUCUUGCCUCUGGGGACAAGUAUUUGGAACCCAUUAAAUCUUGUAUUUCCUGCAUGCUUCCUUGUCACUUUGCAGAGACAAAGCACAGCCAGCUGACUCUCUGUGACCACUGACCCUUGAUCCUGGGCCAGAAGACAAUCUGCAAACCAGGAUAAACCUUUUAGGAUUAAGAUUUACAUCCAAGCUCUACUUCCUGACUGGCCUUGAAAAAGUGAUUCUGGUGCUCACCAGAUGACUUAGUAGGCACACGCAGCCAAGCUUGACAACCUAGGUUCCAUCCUCAGGACCCGCAUGGUGGAAGGACAGAACAGGCUCCCGGAAGUUAUUCUCUCAUCUCUACAUACAGACAGACAGAUUACAUUUAACUAAAUUGUUUUUUAGAUGUCUGCUUUGGGCCUUAGGGAGAUGGCUCAGUGGCUAAGGGUGCUUGCUGCACACACAUAAGGACUGAGUUCAAAGCCCAGACACCCAACUACAAAGCUACAUGUAGUGACAGCCUAGAGUCAGCAUCAGUAAGAAGGUCCGUCUCUAAAGUGUAAGACAUGGAACAAAAGAACAGGCUACAGGAUGUCUGGCCUCUGGGAAUAUAUGGGUGCAUAUUCUCCUAAGGGAGCAUAUGCCACACACACAACACGCAACUGUUUUGUGGGUCUUAGGGAAACAACAGGGUCUUACUAUGUAGCCCUGACUGUC